AAAUUUAUUUGCAAACUCAAGUCUAAGUCCAAUUGUCGCUGGGUCUCCAGUCUUCUCCUUCGAUUCUUCACCCUCUCAUAAUGGACGUCCCCAUCGCCGCCAACGUCCUCGGCACAAUAGGUGCAGUCUGCUGGUCCAUCCAACUCAUCCCGCAAAUAAUUAUCAAUUACCGCCGGCACAACACGAUCGGUUUGCAAAGAUCCAUGAUGCUCCUCUGGGCUUGCGCAGGCGUCCCGCUUGGUGCGUAUAAUAUCGCAGGAGACUUCAAUAUCGCGCUGCAGAUCCAGCCGCAGAUAUUGACUGUUUUGAGUCUGAUUACGUGGAUUCAAUGUUAUUACUACGAUGAUAAAUGGAGUGUUUCCAAAUGUUGUGCGUUCGUGGCAGUUAUCGGAGCACUUUUUGGAGGGAUUGAGACCGGACUGGUCUUCGCUUUGAAGUCCGGAAUUGAGAAAGACAGACACUGGCCCGUCAUCCUCAUGGGCGUCAUUUCCACUAUCCUCCUCUCAGCAGGUGUCCUCCGCCAUUACUGGGACAUCUACAUCCAUCGAACAGUCCGUGGAAUAUCCUUCAUUUUCGUCGGCAUCGAUGCAGCAGGCGAUGUCUUCUCCCUGAUAUCCGUUUGUGCGUUUCCCGACCCGUCACACCACACCCUCCUACCCACUCACCAAUCUUUCACCUAAAUGACUAACAAACACAGUCUUCCAGUCUAAACUCGAUAUCCUCGGAAUGGUCAUCUACGCCACCGAGUUUGUCCUCUGGUGCGGAGUGUUUGCAUGCGGUGGAUAUUUUAAUUUACGACCUUGGAUCAAGCAGAAGUUAAGAGCAAAGAAAGAUGGACAUGGAAGUCUGGAGGAGUCGACUGUGGGUGUGGAGGCAGGGAGAAGUGGUGUCUCAAAUGAUGUCUCGCUACAUCAGGUUCCGUCUUCUACUUCUGUGUUUAGAACGCCAAGUUCGGUGGUUGCAUCGAGGUCGUCGGUGAGAUUAGAAAGGGUUGGUUGAGCUGUUAUGGGAAUAGAUAGAACUCGGAAAAGGAAAAAGAAAUUGCUCA